GCUCCAGGGUGGGCAUCUCUGGGAAAACUCCAAGGCUGGGCUUGAAACACAGCCCAUCCCUUGGGUUACAGGGACAUCUCCCAGGCCCACAGGAGCCAGUCCAUUUCUGGGCACACAGGUAACUUCCACCAAGAGGAGUGGGGCCACUGGCUCUGGGGAUGUGGGCCCUGUGCCGCCUGCAGCUGCUCCUCCAGCCAGGGCAUCCCCCGAGCGGAGCCCCAUAGGCACAGCAGGACCCCAGGGCUCUCGACUGGCAGGAGGGAGAUGCCAGGAGAGCACAGCAGGGUUACAGCCUAUCGCCUGCAGCAAGGGUAUGUUCAGCGCCAUCCGGGAGGCCCUGCCCAAAGCCCUGAGCAAGUAUAAAAAGCUCUGAGCUGCAAGCAAUGUGUGUGCAGCACAUCCAGCUGAGCUGUGAAACACUGCACAGCCAGGCACGGGUUUCAAAGACCUGUCUCCUGCCUGCGGGGAGAGCUGGCUGGGCCUUGGGGCCCGGACACUUUCUCCUUCAGAGCUGAGAUGGAAAAGGAACAUGUUGGAAGAGCUAUAGAGAGAGGCUGUAAAGGUGCCUAGGCAAAAUUCUUUGAGAACUUGGUCUAAUACCUGAUUUUCUCCCUGUAAUGUUUUUCCCAGCUUUGUGUUCAAGAGUAGAGACUGAUGUCAGGCCAGAAUAAACACCAGCUAGUUUUAUCCUGUGUUGGAGGCAAAUGGAGAUGUGAAAUGUGGGGUCUUCCAGCUCUGCGGAGGGAUUCAGCCUGAAUGAAAAGGGGUGUGGGAAGACAGAUGGGUAUCCUUUGCCUGGAUGGUCUGGGUGGCUGGGAAGGGUGCUCUCAGAGCCAGGCUGUGAAGAUGAAUGCCCUCUGUCAGCAAAGGGACACCCCAGAGCACCACUGGGGAGCAGGGACAGAGCAGUUUGGACAGCCAGAACCCAGGAGCCCUCCUCAUUCCAGGGUGGCAGGGAUGUCCAACAGGUCAUCACGCUCUUGUAGUGGUCACGAACAGUGACGUGGGGGUCAGGAUGGGGUGGGGAGAUGAGCUCCAUCCCAGGGAUCUCCCUGCAGCAACCCUGCCCUCCACCCCCACUGCCAGCCCUGGAGCUCACUGCUCUGUGUUUCCAUCCCCAGCAGGAGGAUGAGCCUCAUGAUGAUGCUGGCUUGAGCAAGCAAGAUCUGCCUUUUUUGGAGGUUUACAGAAGUAGCUUCUGUCAGCCCUUCCUAACGAUUGUGGAUGUUUACUCCGAGUACCCCGAUGAGGUCACCUACAUCUACAAACCCUCUUGCGUCGCUGUGCAACGCUGUGGAGGCUGCUGUGGAGAUGAGGGACAAUUCUGUGCACCCGUGGAGAUGGAGAUGGUCACCAUAGAGCUUGUGAAGAUUUCUCCGAAUAUCAAAGAGACCACCAUGGUCAAAAUGGACUUCUUGGCGCACAAGCAGUGUGAAUGCAGGCCUAUAUUGAUCAGCUGAAGUCAAGAAGAUCGGCCAACUCAGAGCUGACAGAGGUCAGCUGAGCCAGGGGAAAUCCCUUGUCAUCAGCGUUGGCAGGGUAUGAAGUAGCAGGACGGUGCCAAAGGGAUGCUCCCUCUGGGCAUCCUGGCCCGGCUCUGGACCCUUCACUCUUCUUCGAGCUCAGGUCCCAUCUGGUUGCUCCAGUCAGGUCUGUCUCCCUGGGGAAGGCUGAGGCCGGUCAAAAUUAGUCCCACAGCAAGUAUGGACUUUCUCAGCAGCGACCGAACACAGUAGCUGUCCACAGCUGGCACAGCUGCAGUGGCACAACAUGGAGCCAGCUCAUGUCAAAGUGAAAUUUUCUUUUUAGAAACAUUUCCUGUUGAAAGGGGACAAGCCCAAAGGUUAACAAAGGAAGGGCGAAGAUGCAGAUGUCUACCUCUUAGUAACAGAUAUUACGAUUUCUUAGGUCUGACAGGAUAUCAUUGGGAUUUCAUUCCAGCUUUUUUUUCUUUGCAGGCCCCCCCCACCUCUCCAAAACAGAUGUUAUUUGGACCUGGACUGACCAUUCCACAGAGGCAGUAAAUAAAUUGGCCUGAGCCGUAAUUGUUUGAUUGUUCCUGAUUCAGCAAACCUCCUUCGCUAAUAGUUGCCGUGAUCUAGGGGGCCCUGCAGACCUGGCUUUCCAAGAAAAAGCCAGAAAAAGAGGCCAGGAACAUGCGCUUCCAGGUUAAGUUGAACAGCAGUAUUUUCCAUGUGAAUAGUAUUGGCUAACCACCAGCUGGGCUCUUGACUACACUGUCAUUUUCCUGGGGCUUAAUGCAUUUGUGCCAACAUUUCCUAUUCCAUGUAUUUGAGUGAAGUUUGUAAAACCAAAUGAGCCAGCAAGAGUUAGUAAAAUGGCCAACCAAGAGCCCAGGGUUAGAGGGGCAACAGCAUUCCUUUGCAACAUGCAAAUAGGAAAAGAAUCUGCAUUCGUUAAUUAAUUGAGAUGGGGAAAGAUAUAUGUAAAAGAGGUAUGGUAACCCAAUUGCAUUCCUGUCGUGUUAAAUAGGUUAUCAGGGAACUGUCUGGAACAAGUAGGCCCUUUUAGAUGUGGGUAGAUGAAAAAGUUAUUUAAAACACAGCUGAUUAUAUGUUAUAAGAGAAAGUAAAUAGGGCUGUAAAGCCAGUAUUUAAAGAAUGAAAGCUUUAUUAA